AUGGUCUUUAAGCUAAUACGACCUGCUCCGCUCACGGAGCAAAAGCGGUCUCGCGAUGGCUGCAUUUAUCUGUACCGGGCCAUGAAGUUCAUCGGGUGGCUGCCACCGAAGGAGGGCGUGAUGCGAUAUUUGUACCUUACCUGGACGCUGAUGACGUUCGUGUGGUCCACAACGUAUCUGCCGCUGGGCUUUCUUGGUAGCUACAUGACGCAGAUCAAGUCCUUCUCCCCAGGCGAGUUUCUUACAUCGCUUCAGGUGUGCAUCAAUGCCUACGGUUCCUCGGUGAAGGUGGCCAUUACAUACUCGAUGCUCUGGCGCCUGAUCAAGGCCAAGAGUCUGCUGGACCAGCUGGACCUUCGCUGCACCACCAUGGAGGAGCGCGAGAAGAUCCACCGAGUGGUGGCGCGCAGCAACCACGCCUUCCUCAUCUUCACCUUCGUCUACUGCGGAUAUGCGGGCUCCACCUACCUUAGCUCUGUGCUGAGCGGACGACCGCCAUGGCAGCUGUACAACCCGUUUAUCGACUGGCAUGACGGCACUCUGAAGCUCUGGGUGGCCUCCACUCUCGAGUACGUGGUGAUGUCAGGCGCCGUACUGCAGGAUCAACUAUCGGACACGUAUCCGCUCAUUUACACCCUCAUUCUCCGCGCCCAUUUGGACAUGCUGAGGGAGCGUAUCCGACGACUUCGAUCCGACGAGACAAUGAGCGAGGCCGAGAGUUACGAGGAACUUGUUAAAUGUGUAAUGGACCACAAGCUGAUUUUGAGAUUCUGCUCAAUCAUCAAACCAGUUAUUUCUGGGACAAUCUUCACACAGUUUCUAUUGUGUGGCCUGGUUUUGGGCCUGACGCUGAUCAAUGUGUUUUUCUUCUCGGACAUCUGGACUGGCAUCGCCUCCUUUAUGUUUGUCAUAACCAUUCUGCUGCAGACGUUCCCCUUCUGCUACACCUGCAACCUCAUUAUGGAGGACUGCGAGUCCCUGACCCACGCCAUCUUUCAGUCCAACUGGGUAGAUGCCAGUCGCCGCUACAAGGCAACGCUAAUGUAUUUCCUUCAAAAUGUGCAGCAGCCUAUCGUAUUCAUUGCUGGCGGCAUCUUUCAGAUAUCCAUGAGCAGCAACAUAAGUGUAGCAAAGUUUGCUUUCUCUGUGAUAACCAUUACCAAGCAAAUGAACAUUGCCGACAAAUUUAAGACAGACUGAGCUAAUGGUCGUACAAAUAAUAUUUUUGAGUCAAUUUUUUC